AAGAUGAUGCUGGUUGUUGUGAUCCAAAAUGCAUAUAUAUGUUGGUGGAAAAUGUGGAUGAUGGAGAUAGAAGUACACCCUACAGGCGCCGGAUGUUAACUAUCAGUGAGGCCAACUUCAUGAAGAGUGGAACUGUUGAUCUUGAAGACGGAGGUCCUGUAACUGUCCAAUGGCCUCUUCCAAAUGGUGAAGCAACCUAUUCUAGAUUACCAUUUAAAGAAUUUUGUUCCGUUGGUCUCAGCUUGUUCUUUAUUGGUUACCUGGAUGAGAAUAUUGCAACAGAACGGGUUUUUGAUUACGCUGAAAAAAUGUGGUGCCUCAAGUAUGAUGGUCAUACUUGGAUUUGGAGUUUAUGCAGAACCAUCUUCUUCCCUGACCAAUUGCGCCCCAUAAUAAUUCCAUACGAUGGCAAAUUGUGCUUCAUUGGUGAUGAUUUAUGGGUUGAUAUCUACAACCUAAAAUCAGAAUUUUGGGAAAAGAGGGAAGUGCCCGCUAGCGUGCGCAUGGAUCCUCACUCUUACUUUUUGUGGGAAACCCUCAUUGUGUUGUAUUAUUCUGAUGAUGUGAAUCAAUGGCUCAUGUCAUAUGAUUUGAAUGCCAACAUUUGGAGCCCCUUUGAGUGCAAUUUUCCGCCGGUUCGUGAUUACCGAGCUUAUAGGAAAUUCGUUCGUUUGGGUUGCAGUGAUUUUCUUCUUAUUAUUGAUUUUGUAUCUAUUUGGUGGAUCUAUGACUUGUCUAAGAAGAAACCCGCGGCAGUUGUGCAUGUGAAUGAUUUGGAUGAGAUAGGGAUGGUGUCUGACGUUUUUUGUUGUCACCACACAAGCAAAGAAAGUCUGAUCUAUGUCUUCAUUAAUACAGAUUAUAUGGAUAUUAAAAUGGAUAUUGAGGGUCCAAAUGAUUAUAUUAACUUUGUUCCUUAUGUCAGAGUCAAGCUCCAAACCGAUGGUAAUUUUUCUGCUAAGGUUGAAUCCAAGGGUAAUCUUAAAGUUGGUCCCCAUAUGAAGUACUAUGUGUUUGCUGCUGAAGACCAAGACAUUAAAGGGAAGACUACUGUAGCAUAGAUGUUGCUGUUAGGAAUAUGUUAUCUUGAACAGAGUAGGUUAGGUUGUAUUAUUCUUAUCACAUAGUUUUAAGACCGAGUUACUUUUUUGUCUCUCUUAUGAUGAGGAUUGAGGUUAUUCAACAACUUUUCCAAUUUCCAAAUAAAAAAAAUUGGAAGGUAGUAGGUGGUUUAGAAACUAAAGAUGACUGGCAAUACUAAGAGUAAUUAGAAACUAAAAAUGUUUUUGUUGAUGCAUUUAGACAAAUUUGAAAAACUCAUUCUCACAAAGGAAAGGAGGGAUGAAUGAAGGAAUGAAGACGACUAGUUUGGCUCAUGAGUUUGUCAUUGAAGGAUAAAUGUAAUAUUAGAAAAAUUUGUAAAAACAAAUUAAUGGGUAUAUAGAAAAAGAGCUGCAUAUCAUGUAUUUGAUCCAGGAAUAAAUUUUGUUUAUAAUGAAGAG